GGGGACGAGGAGGUGAGGGGCAAAACUGUAAUUUAAGUUGGCAUUUGAGCAGGUGCUGUGCUCAGCGGUGGAGAGCCUCUCCCGCUUCUAAGGGCUAUUAUAAUGCACACUCUAAAAGUGCCCUUCAUCGUUUCUCCAGCCUCAGCCUCGUCCCCCUCCUCCUCCUCCACGUCAACCCGGCUGGAGGGUCUGGGCACCACAGCCAGAGCACCCCCUACUUUGGCGGCGACUGCUAAUACUGGCCCGACCAGCGGAUCAUCAGCCAGGCAGUUUCGGCAGAGAGACUUGGGCACCAGUGACUCCCCAGUCCUCUUUAUCCACCGCCCGGGAACUUCGGGGACUACGCAGCGACUAGAGUACAGGGGCCGAAGAGUCACUGGUGAACUCCUGGAGGAGGAGGUGGACCCCAAGCCCCAAAGCCCCGCAUCUCAUCCAGCAGAGCCCCCUGCCCAGGUUGCCCACCAGCCGGAGCCACAGCUGGAGCCGCAGACGCAGUCCGAGCCCAAGCCGGCCAGAACCACCCGCGAACCCAGCCCGGAGAUGCCAAUGGGGGUCCCGAUGGGGAAGUCGAUGCUGGUGCUGCUGACCUUCUUGGCCUUGGCCUCGUGCUGCUUUGCUGCUUACCGCCCCAGUGAGACCCUGUGCGGCGGGGAGCUGGUGGACACCCUCCAGUUUGUCUGUGGGGACCGCGGCUUUUACUUCAGACUUCCAGGCAGGCCGGCAAGCCGCGUGAGCCGCCGCAGCAGCCGUGGUAUCGUGGAAGAGUGCUGCUUCCGCAGCUGUGACCUGGCCCUUCUGGAGACCUACUGCGCCACCCCCGCCAAGUCCGAGAGGGACGUGUCGACCCCUCCGACCGUGCUUCCGGACAACUUCCCCAGAUACCCCGUGGGCAAGUUCUUCCAAUAUGACACCUGGAAGCAGUCUGCCCAACGACUGCGCAGGGGCCUGCCUGCCCUCCUGCGUGCUCGCCGGGGUCGCAUGCUCGCCAAGGAGCUUGAGGCGUUCAGAGAGGCCAAGCGUCAUCGUCCCCUGAUCGCCCUGCCCACCCACGACCCCGUGGCCCACGGGGGCGCCUCUCCGGAGGCAUCCGGCAAUCAGAAGUGAGCCAAAAUUUCGCGUAAUUCUGCAAGAUGGCACUGUCCACCUCGUGCCCUCCUCUUGACCAGGGGCCGUUCCAUCGGGCCCCGCCUCUGACACCUCUUGGGAUCGCGUUCCCUCUGUGGGCUCCCCCAUCCCCAGCCCCUGCGCCCCAACCUCCCCAUGUCAGGCUCUUCUCUCCUUGCCCCACCCAUCGGGCUGAGGAAAUCCUACCAACAUCUCUAAAAAUGUACAAACUCGAUUGGCUUUAAAUAUCCCCUCCCAAAUUACCCCCCAAAUUAUCCCCAAAUUGCACAACCAAAAAACUAAAACUAUGAACCCCUAAAUCACACACACACACACACACACACACACGUACCAGUCCCCUUAAAAUGAUUUGGCUUUUUAGAAACACCAGGAACGUUAAUUAGCUUUAAAAAAAAA